AUGUCAGUUAAUAAUGAUAGCAUAGUUGAAGUUUUGCUUAUAUAUCAGCAAAUAUUCCAGGUUGCUCUGACUGAGGGACCGAUAUCAAAGUUCACUUUUGCAAUAUUAAUGUCUCUAUUUUUUAUCUAUUUGAAUGCUAUCAUGGUCUACACUCUUUGGAGUAAGCCUGUUUUUAAAGAGACUCCACGCUACAUUCUGUUUAAGCACAUGCUUCUCAAUGACUCAAUUCAGCUCUUUGUUACCUCUUUGUUGUAUAUUUUAGUUCUGGCCUAUCUCAAGCUAGUCAUGGCUACUUGUGCGUUUUUAGUUAUUAUUUCAGGUACAACUUUCCGUAACGCACCUUUAAACCUGGCUCUGAUGUCAGUAGAGCGUCAUGUGGCCAUAUGCUUUCCUCUAAGACAUGCUGAAAUAGCCACUCAGAAAAGAACUUACAUUGCCAUUGGAAUUAUUUGGUUUAUGGGUUUGAUUCACUAUCUAAUCGACUUGUUUUACAGUGCAGUGAUGGAUCCUAAAUUUUUAACCUCACAAAUCUUUUGCACAAGAGAAAAACUCUUCAUAAAGCAAUGGCAAGUAGAUCUUCAUCAGCACUUUAACAUAUUCUUCUUUUUGUCAGUGUCUGUGAUUAUCCUUUUCACAUAUAUCAGCAUUUUUAUCACAGCCAGGUCCGUUUCCUCCAAUAAAGACUCUGCUGUGAAAGCCCACAAGACCGUCCUGCUGCACUUCAUUCAGCUGGGCCUGUGCCUUACUUCCUUUCUCUACAGCUUUAUAGAGCGAGCUGCAGCAAUGUCUGGUAGCAGUGGCCUCUUUUUGGACCUGCGUUAUCUAAACUAUUUAUUUGUGUUGAUCUUGCCACGCUGCUUAAGCCCACUCAUCUAUGGACUGAGAGACGAUGCUGUAAGACCAUUAUUCAUCUACUACUUUCGCUGUUCCACAGGCAAACGCACACCUACUGUCAAUGUACACUGA